UGGCUUGAUUUCUUAGCAAAAUUAAAUAUUCGUAAAAUCGGGUGGAAUGAAAGCUCGCCCAAUUGUUUUAGCAAGAGCUCCUAAAGCUUUGCCAUCAAUUAGCAAUGAAAAAGCUGAAAAGCAAGAACAUAAAUUAAAUUAUUUUAUUGAAAUAAUAGAUAAGAAUGAUAACUGGAAUGAUCAACCUAAGAAUGUUUUUACUCAAAAUACUGCUUACAAUAUAAUUGGAGUAAUUGGUAAACAAUAUUGUGGGAAAUCCUUUAUACUUUCAAAGAUUGCUGAUAUUUAUAAUGAUUCCCAUGAAUUGGAAAAUCAUUUUAAAUCAGAACCUUUAUCUAGUCGUCAAGAACUAGUCUCUGAAUCUAGAUCGAUCCGCAUGUACAUAUCAACUGCCCGCAAUAUGUGGAUUGACACAAGACCAUUGUUAGAAAGUUCUACCCUGCUAAAUAAGUUAAACCAAUUUAAAAGGAAUAUGAAAGAUAUAAAUAUCACCAAAACAAAAGAUAUAAGGAGUGGAUAUCCAAUCCAGGAAUCUGAAAUUUCUAAUUUUAAAGAUAUUGAUACAAAUAAAGAUUUUGACGUGAGAAAUGUGCAGAAAUUUUUUGAAAUCAAGGAUAUUCAGCUAGUCACAUUCUUAACAUCUGUUUGUGACACUAUUUUGAUCGUGGAUGAAAGUGGGAACGUGGACCAGGAUAUAAUGAAAUAUUUGCAAUUGAGUGAACUUAUCAGGCCUUCACUGAAUGCGAGCUUACCCCCUAGCUAUCCAGAAGAACCUAACCUUGAAAAGUAUUUAACAUUCAAAGAAGGGAAUAAUAUGGAAAAUGGUGACAUAAAACACCCGCAUAAUACGCUUGCCCCAUUAGCUCCCAAUAUAGUCUACGUAAUCAACAAAUGCGAAAGAAUUCUUGAUUUUGAAGACCCGAACAGAUCAAGAAUUUAUAAAACGUUAGAUGCUUGCUUAGAACAAACCUCUUUCAAAUAUAAAAAGCGCAUUUCUAACGAUUGUGUUGAUUUGAAGAAUGACCAAAAAUCGAACAACAAUGUCGUUAUUUUUCCGUUUUGGAGCCAGGAAGAAAUCUUGGAACCUGCCAAGAAAUUCAAAUCCAAUCUUUAUCCCAAUGAUACGAACAUGGAUUUUUAUAAUUGUACAGAAUCCCUGAAAGAUAGAAUUGCUCGUUUACCUAGAACUGCAAUUUUUAGGCAAAAUGCGUUGACCGAGCUACAAUGGUUCAGAACCCUGCUUAAAACCCUUUCCAUUGCAGAACUCGAAUGUAGACUCGACGAUUUAAUCUGGUAUUCGUAUAAUUCGAUAAAAUGAACCUAUUAAGGAAAAUAAAAAAUGGAAUAUGUAUAAAAGACUUUUAAGGUGAAUGUAGA